ACAAACUCUCUCAAGUAUGAUCCUCCUGGACAAGAUAACUGUGCUCGUUGAUGAAUUUGAAUAGAGGAAGCAAACUAACGUAUGAACAAGUAAACUUAGAAAUACAUAGCAGUCACAAUGUCGCUGCAACAAGGUCAUCAAAAGACUGACCCGAGUCCGCUAGACAUGCCCAGUGGGGGCGUCGCCGUUGUCGUUGAGGACACGGGCUGCUGAAGUGAUGAGCAUUCCACUGAGGGCAACAGUGGAGAGGAGGAAGCGACCUCGUCUUCGGCAGCGGAAGGUGAAGGAUCACCAAGAAAUCCAGAAAAAGGGAGUGGAAAAAAUGCGACACAAAAUUUGGCAAGAACUCAACGAAGACACAAGAGAGAUAAGAAGGAUUUUAAGAUAAUGGGCCGAUCGGGCACAUCAAUAUGUGGUCAUUUGUGCGCUCUGCUGAACCUCUUGAUAACCUUGCCUGCGUUGGUGGGCACCUGAUGCUGGCCUCUAGUCUUUGCGUGGCUACUGAGCGUUCCUUGGUACGAUGUAGACGCAGGCUUGCAAGAAAUCUUUUACGCCCUCGAACUUAUGUGGACGGCUGUUAUGGUACCUGCAACUUGGAUUAGAUGGAAAGUUGAUGAGGUAACACAAGCUCAAUAAAAGAUACCGUUUUCAUCCCGUUGGCUGAGAGGGGGUCCAUGUAAGUAACUGAUUUUUAAAAUGAUGAACAUGCAAGGAAUUUUUAGAAGCCGCUGCUACCGUAUGCUCCAGAUUCCUGAUGUGGUUCUUGCAUGCAACUUGCUUAGAUGCAAUGAAUUAUCCACCCUGCAAUUACAGGUAACAAAUGCCUUUCAAUAUUCUGUCUGGAAAACGUGGUCAAAACCAGUGGAAAAACGGGACUGGCGCGCGAUGGCUGCGAUUAGCGCUGCUGUGCCUUUAUCUCUGGUCUUCCCCAUGGCGAUCGUAUUUGUCUACGUGGGCAAGGUCAGCUGGCCCGAGAGUAAGUUACGGUUGGAAUAUCUGGAUCGAUUUUAUCGUGAAUGACCAAAUAAGAACAACUCUUUUGGCAGCCAGUGGCACCGUAGAACGUAAUUGUAGGUCUUGCUAUUCUUGAAUUAGAUCAUAUAAAUUCUUUCAUUUGCGAUUCACGAUUCGGUCGUCUCAAUCCUACAUCAUACAACAGGAGCAUGAGUAAAAAAUUCCAAACGACUAGGAGGGAACAACUACCAUAGAGUUGGAACUUCUUCUUGUUUCUCUAAGAACGAUGUGGGAAGAUGGAUCGUGGAUACCCAAUAUCGGAUGGGCUAUUUUUCUGUGGGUUCUCCGCUACUUAGGCUUUAUUCUCCUUGGCUGGGGAAUUUUGCGAGUCACGGGCCUCGGAAAACGCAUUAGUAAGAAAUGGGCAGAAUUGAUCCGUGAGACAAGGGGUGAACAGCCUGGAGAAGAUCAAUAUGUUGCUGAUCAAGAAGGGGAGAAGGAACAAGGACGAGGAGAUCUCCAGCAUCAACAAGGAAGGCAGGAGGUUGAAGAACAGAUUAUAGCGAACGACAGAUCAGACGAAGAAAAUGGACCAACUAAACUUCGCAACAUCGUGGAGGAUUCGCAUUCCGCAAUACACCCCGCGCUAGUCCUUGCAUAGUAUUUCCUCGCCUUUUAUUAUAAGUACGUGUGCAGAGAGGCACAUCAAUUCCGCUUUCUACUGUCCUUGACGCCAGUAAUAGCGAUCUACAUGCAUGAAGCUGAAAUCAUCGCAGCAUAAAAUGAGCACGGUUAGCGGGUAACCAAAUCUAUUCGUGUUACUUAGUAAUUAGUUCAAGUUGUUUUGGUUGAAACAAAUGAGAGACAACACGACGUUCAAUGAAAUCCGAAUUCGUAAUUUCCGAGAAGCGUAUUGAGCAGAGUGAUUAGCGGGCUUUGCCAGCCGUGCUAUGAUUUUCAUCCGGAGUAAAAUUUCUCGACCUCAAGGUUUCGUUAUUCGCGGUUAAGUAACUGUAUGUCGUGUGAUUGUCCUCCUUUAUGCACAGGCUUGUCUAGUUUUGGACUUGGGGUCGAAGUGUACUCCAUCAUGACGGAACCUACGUAGGUGGAUAAAGAAAACAAUCCUCAGUUGUAGAAUACUUAAACCGAUGAAAGCCUUAAUACAGAGGCCCGUCGGCUCGAAACAUCUCGCGUCGAUCUAAAUCAAAGAAGGAUGUUCUUCUAUCA